UACUUCCGGUUUGCACAGCUGGACUCAAAGAGCGACUCGACUCAUCCAACAUGGCCGGCCAGGAAGACCCUGUGCAGAGAGAAAUCCACCAAGACUGGGCCAACCGGGAGUAUAUCGAAGUGAUCACAAGCAGCAUCAAGAAAAUCGCCGACUUCCUUAACUCUUUUGACAUGUCAUGUCGAUCUCGUCUGGCUACGCUCAAUGAGAAGUUGACAGCCUUGGAGAGGAGAAUUGAAUAUAUCGAAGCAAGAGUGACUAAAGGAGAAACCCUGACUUAAACGUCUUCAUGGACCAUCACAGCCUCCCACUGUUAUCUUCCCCUCUCCCACUGUCCCAGAUAAUCUUCUUUUUUGAAUUUUUUGUGAUGGAGUCCACCCUUUGUUUUGCUGCACAUUUAUUUUAAAAUAUGUAUUCCUAGUUUUGCUUGUUUUAUCUGAUGCCACCAACAUUUGUAUGUGUCUGUGUCUCCUCAACAUGACAUUUUUAAGAAAUUACCUUAAAAAAAGUGUUAACAUUUUGUGGAUUUUGGUUGUCGCCUGGUAAGGGAAUGUGUUAUACACCUUGUCAAUAACGCAGCACAGAAUUGAUGAGUCGGGGAAUAUCCUCUCGUGCCAAGUUGAACGAGUCUUGUUGUUUAGUCUUUAUUAAGGACUGAUGUGUAUAGUGUAAUGUUGGGUUAUGUGUCAACAUUUAAAUACUGUAAUAAAAAUAU